AUGAGUGAUUAAGAAAGUGAUGAUGAUUAAAGUAAUAGAUAAUUGGGUAGACUAAGAGAUAAACAAAAGAGAAAGUACAUGAUGUUAGAUGCAUUAGUAGAUACAACUAAAUGGAAGAAGAAAACUAUGUCUAAGAGCAAAAUGUAAUUACAAAUGAAAGGAGAUCAGCCAGAGCAAUCAAAAAGAAUUAUGCAGCCACUAUGAGCGAUGAGGAAGAGCCCAUAAAUUAACCAGUAGAAGAAACAGAAGUGAAGCGCAUCUUCGUUCCAGAGAUUGAUCAAAUUUUAUGGAGAAAGAUAGACCAAAACACAGCCUAAAUCUAAUUCCUAGUUAAAUACAAGAAUAGAAGUUAUUUACAUACAGAAUGGCUUAAUGAAGAUAGAGUAUAUUCAAUUUAUUCUAUAACAUCAGAUCCUUGAUGAAAAAAAUGGCAAGCAGAAAAUAAAUAGAUUUAACAAAGUCUUUUAGAAACGUAUCCAAGAAGAAAUAGAUGAUUUUAUAGAUGAUUAAUAUUUUGAUCCAGCCUUUUAAGAGGUAGAUCGAGUAUUAUCGUGUACAGAAAUCUUUCCUAUUGUUCAUCCUAAAAAAGGUUCAGAAAUGAAAGGAAAGUGGGCAGAAUCACUUACUAAAGUAAUGUCUCACUUAUUAAAUUUCACCAGAGAUUAAAUUCAUUAUGGUAUUUACUUCUUGGAAUCAAAAACAAUCCUUGAUUUUGGAACCAUUAAUAAUCGACUUUAUUUAGGUUAUUAUAAAAAUUAUAAUGAUUUUUGGUAUGAAUUAGGCUCUGUCUAUAAUACAGCAGCAGAAGAAUGGCAAGAUGGUACAGAAAUGAAUAGAAUCACUAAUACUCUUAUAGAAUGUGCUAUUGUAUUAUAUAAUUAUUGGUAUAAUGAAGCCAAAUAAAAUUAUUAAUCCAAAUUACAAUAAUAAAGAUAUAUUAAUGAAAAAGCAUUCAAAGAAAAAAUCAAUGAUGAUCAUAGAAAAGAUAUUAUGCCUGAAUUGAAAAAAGAAAAAAUUAAUGAAUUAGUUUCCAAAGUCUUAAAUAUCAUAGAUGAUAAAUAGUAUAAUCUAUAAGAACAUUUUAAAGAGAUUGAAAUUAUAUUAGAUUAAGAACUCAAUAUUAAAUUGUAAAUUUCAAAUGAUUAGGAAUUUGAUCUUGAAGAUUAUUUAAAAUAAUCUCUUUAAGAUUAAGAUAUUGAUGUUGCUAAAGAGAUGCAAUUAGAAAUGCAAGAUUUUCAAUCAUAAAUGGAUACUGUUGAUCCUGAUAUAGAAUCAUGGAACCCAGGUGAAAAAUCCUUUGAUUGGCUUAAUGAUUCACCAUAAGAAAUAAAAAUACUAACAAAAUAAGAGAUCGAAAAUCUAUCACAGGAACCUGAUAAACUUUAUUUUGUCAAAUGGAAACAUUUAUCAUAUUUAGAAGCAACAUGGGAACCUGAAUCUCUUAUAGAUUGUAGACAAAAGAUUUAAGAAUUUAAAUAAUUUAAUAGAAGUCUAGAUAAAGAAACAAGAAAUUUAAUGAUGCAAUAAAAUUAAAAUCAUAAAAUUUUAGUAGAAUAUGAACAAGGUAUUAGAAAAAAGAAAUUGUCCAAUAUGUAAAUUUAAGAUAUCAAAUCAUAAUUGUAUUUCCUUAAUUAACAAAAACCUCCACAUGAAUAUACUUAACUUACAUAAACAAUUUAUAAAGAUAAAAGAUUGUUAAGGGAUUAUCAACUUGAUAGUUUAAAUUGGUUAAUAAGAGCAUGGUAUGAAGAUAGGAAUGUAAUAUUGGCUGAUGAAAUGGGACUUGGUAAAACAAUACAAACAAUUGCAUUUUUAAAUCAUUUAUAUAAUUUUGAAAAUUAUAGAGGUCCAUUUUUAAUUAUUGCACCUUUGUCUACUUUAUAACAUUGGAAACGAACUGUUGAAGAAUGGACUAAUCUAAAUGCUGUAUUGUAUUAUGAUUAAGAAAGUAAUGCUGGUAGAUCACUAUGUAGAUAAUAUGAAUUUUUUUACACAGAUAUUAGUAUGAAAGGUAUUCUCUUAACAGCUUCAGAAAUAUUUAAAUUUUAAAUACUUAUAACUAGUUAUGAAGUAUUUAUGUAAGAUUUUCAGAAUAUAUUUAUCAAUGUUCCAUUUUAAUAUAUUGUAGUAGAUGAAGCUCAUAAACUCAAGAAUUCUAAUGCAAGAAUAUUAUAAUCACUUAAAAGACUCUCUUGUUAACGUACAUUACUUUUGACUGGAACUCCUAUCUAAAAUAAUACUGAAGAAUUAUUUAGUUUACUUAAUUUCAUAGAGCCUAAUCAAUUUUGUAAUCUUACAAAUUUCAAACGAGAUUAUGGAUAAUUAGAAACAUCAGAUUAAGUUGAUAGAUUAAAUGUUUUAUUGAAACCUUAUAUUUUAAGAAGAUAAAAAGAAGAUGUAGAAUAAAUGAUACCUCCACUUUAAGAGACUAUAAUAGAUAUUGAGAUGACAACAAUAUAGAAACAUAUUUAUAAAGCUUUAUAUGAUAGAAAUAAAUCAAUGUUAGAAUAGGGAUUCUCUUAAUGGGCUGCAAAUGCUGCAUCUCUAAAUAAUCUUGAAAUACAAUUAAGAAAGUGUUGCAAUCAUCCAUUUUUAAUUUAAGAGAUGUAAAAUGAGUUAUCAAAAGGAUGUUAAACUUAAAUUGAUUAUAUUAAUAAAUUAGUUGAAAGUUCUGGUAAAAUGAUUCUAUUAGAUAAAUUACUUAAUAAAUUUAGAGGUGAAGGUAAGAAGAUGCUUAUUUUCUCAUAAUUUACAAUGAUGUUAUAAUUAUUAGAAGAAUAUUUAAAAUUUAAAUAAGUUAAAUAUGAAAAAAUAGAUGGAUAAAUAAAAGCUAGAGAAAGAUCAAAUGCAAUAGACAGAUUUAAUGAUCCAUCUAAGAAAAGAGAAGUAUUUUUAUUAUCCACAAAGGCAGGAGGAUAAGGUAUAAAUUUAACUGCUGCAGAAAUAGUAGUUAUUUAUGAUUCUGAUUGGAAUCCAUAAAAUGAUGUUCAAGCAACUGCAAGAGCUCAUAGGAUUGGUUAAUCAAAAGAAGUUACAGUAUAUAGAUUGAUUACAAAAGAUACAUAUGAAUCAGAAAUGUUUGAAAGAGCAAUAAAGAAAUUAGGAUUAGAUUAAGCAAUAUUUAUGAAUGGAUAAUUUAAAUCAUGUGAAAAUUCAUAUAAAAGUAAUAAGAAUGAAAAAAAGAUGAGUAAAUAAGAUAUGGAAGUUUUAUUGAAAAAUGGAAUAAUAGGAUUAAUAAGUAAUAAUUAAAAUGGUGAUACAUUUUAAGAAAAAAAUAUAGAUGAAAUAUUAGAAAAGAAUUCUAGAACAGCAAAAUAUUCACUUAUUAAUAGUACUUAUACAGUAUCUAAAUAAUCAUUUGUUUCAGAGAAGACAGAUAAAUCUAUAAAUAUUUAAGAUCCUAAUUUUUGGAAAAUAAUUUUAAAAAGUUCAGAAAGUAGAUGUUAAAAAUUAAGUAAAAUGUUUGAUUUACAUAUGUCUUUAUAAGAAUAAAAGAAAUAUUUAGAAGAAGUUGGUGAUUGUGUUAAUUAAUUAAUAGAAUCAAAAUUAAGUUAAUCUAAUUAUAGUACUGAUGAUGAAUAAAUAUUAACUGAUUUGUUAAAUAAAAUAAAUUCAUCUAAUUAUGCUAAAAAUUAUAGAGAAUUAGCUAUGAAUUGGAUAUAUGAAUUAAGUAAACCAUCAAGAAGAAUUAAAAAAAUAACUGAUUUAGAUUUAGGUAGAAAAUAAUAAAGAAAUGUUGAAAUAUAAGGAGAAGAUGCUAGAAGAUUAGCAUCAAAGAGUAAAGAAGAAUUAAUUAAAAAGUUAUGUUAUGUUUGUGAAAGAUCUAAUUGUUCUGUUUUUUGUAUGGGUCAUUGUAGAAGAGCAUUUCAUGAAGCAUGUAAAUAAUUAUUAGAGACAACAGAUUAUAUUAAUAUUGAAGGACCUGAUUAAGAUUUUCUUAAUAAUAAUGCAUUCCCUGAAUUUAAUUGGAGUGAUGAAUAAUUAAAGGAAAAGAUUAAUAUUAGAUAUUCUUGUCCAGAUUGUAGAAAUAAUUUAGUUGUUUGUUUACUUUGUAAAUAGAAAGGUACUUAUCCUCCAGAAAAGAAAUCAAAAGAAGAUAUUAUUGUAUAAAUGGAUGAAUUUGAUCCCUCUGAUGAUAAUAUAAAGAAAAAUAAAAAUAAAUCACUAAUAUCUAAAUGUUCAACUGCUAAUUGUAAUCGAUAUUUUCAUUUAUCUUGUAUAUAAGCAAAUCCUUUAUCAAAAUCACUUGAUACUAAUGCUGAUUUAUUUAGAUGUCCAUCUCAUAUUUGUGUAUUUUGUAAAAUCAAUUCUUCUAAUAUGACUACUGCAUUAAUUCAUUGUGUUAGAUGUUGUAGAUCAUUUCAUAGUAAAUGUGCUCCUCCUGAUAUCAAAAUCAAAACUUAAAAAAUUGGUAAAAAAGUUAUGAUUUGUGAUCUAUGUGUUAAACCUAAAGAAGAAAAGAAUGAACCAAGCAUGAUUGUUAAAAUACCUAUAUUAGGAUAUUAAAAGAAAUUAAAAAAUUCAAAAACAGAAUUUAAUACAAUUGGAACUACAGCCAGAACACGAAAAAUAUAAGAAAAAAAAUAUGAAAAUUAAGAUUCAGACAAAAGAAGAAUUGAUUCUAGUAGAAGUAUGAGUUAAGAAAAAAUAUCAAAGAAAGUUUAAAGAGAAAAACGUAAUAAAGAUAUUCAUCCAUAUUCUUAUGAAGAAUUAGGUAUUAUACCAGUUAAAUAUUUUGAUUAUUCAAAAUAUACUAAUGUAAUUUUUUAUAUUUAAUUUAUAGGAUUGGUGCAGAUAUUGUGGUGCAAGAUUUGCAUCUAAUUUUACAAAAGGACCUUGGGGUUCCAGAACUCUCUGUACAAUUCAUUAUAUCAAUUGGGGUUAAAAGAAACAAUUAGAUUUAUCUGAUUAUAUAGAAUUACCAAAGAAUCCAAUUAAUAGAGAUGAUUAAACUGAACUUUAAUUUCUUUAAAGGUUAUAUUGAUAUUUAAUUAUUUAGAUAAAAGGCUAAAGAUCCUAAUUUUGAUCCUAGAAAAGAACUUAACAUUUAAAAUGAUGAAUAAUAUUAGAUAUUCAGCAAUUACUGAAUUUAAUGA